UCUCUGCUCCCCCUUUCCUUCCUCCUCCUCUUCAAAAAAAAUGCCUCGCCGUACUUCCUCAUCGGGAAACUUCGCCCGGAAGCUCCAGCCGGCCAAACGCGCCCUCCGACGGCUCGCCCACAAGCUCCGAUCCAACAUCCCCCGGGCGAUCCGGUUCGUCCGAAACGGCACGAAACGGGUCGUCACCUACUGCUCCACCCACCUCCUCCUCCGCAACAACAACAACAUCAAUCGCUCCUCCUCCCUACAGAUCGUCGCCAAAACGCCGUCGUACCGUAGCCACAACCACCACAGUUACAUCUCCGACUACUACAGCAACAGUCGGAACCUCCUCCGGAAGAGCUUCUCCGCCAUCUUCAUCGACCAGCUCUACGCCGCCGACGACGAUCCACCACCACCAGCGGCCGCCUCCACCUCCGACGAGUAUAAUUCCAGCUGCAAACCCGCCCCGGCCGCCGAAACGACGACGGAUAGGGUAGAGACGGCGUCGUUGAGGGGUAAGGAAGUGGCGGUUAGUAAUAGUAAUGAGAAAAGGCCGCCGUUGCCGAGGAGUAGUUGUAGGGAAGGGGCGGCGGUGAGAACGGCGUCGUCUUUGGUACAGAGGAGGAAAAGGGAGGCGUUGGUGAUUAUGGAGGAGGUGGGUGGUAAUAAAAAUAACAAUGGUGAUGAGAAUGGUAAUAAUAAUCCGAUGGAGACGCUGGAGGAUGCGUGGCGGGAAGUGGUGGCGAGGUCGCCGCAGCUGCAGCCGGUGGACGUGAGGGCGGAGGAGUUCAUCCAUAAUUUCAGGGCGGAUAUGAAGAUCCAGAAGGCCAGGUCGGUUCUUGAGAAACAGAGCCUCUUGCCCAGGCGUUGCUGAAUUUCAUCGUGGGAGAAUGUAAAAUGUUAAUUACGAAUUUGAUGGAAUGAUUUCGAUUCUUAUUAUUAUUAUUAUUAUUUUUUUGGGUGGGUGGGGAUUGAAGUGUGAAUUUAAACAAAGGGGAGUAUAGGGGCAAUGAUGAUUGAUGAGAGGAAGAUUAGAGCAGGGUUUAGGGAUUUAUUCUCCAGAGAGGUUCAAUUUUUUGUGUUUUUUAAAAAUUAGUCCCUUGAUUAUUAAGAGGGAUUAUUAGAAGGGCUUUGGUGUUAGAGGAGCCGAGGAGGGUGUUGCAUGUUUUUUUUUUUUUUUUGGUACAGCCAGUGAGAUUCCAACUGUGUUGGAAAUUGGAAUCUAACUGUACUUUACUUGUGCUUUACAGUUGAUAUGUGUUAUCAUAAUUUGCAAGUAGGGAUGAUAGUGGGGCAGAUUUAGAGUGGAUUUCGCUAAAAUCAUCUACAUUCCUAAAUUUUCGUUGGUACUCAUGUUCUCCUGGAAUUCUCAUCUGUAUACCCGUGGAUAAUUAUUUUCCCAUAUAUGCUAAUCAAUUUCAACUUAAUAU